AACAGUAGCGGUGUCCACCACGGCGGGGGAGGAGGCGUCUGGUUCCUGCCCCAUGGUGGCACGACGCCCGCCGAGGGCUUCACCUACAUAGACGGGGAGACGGCGCACAAGCUGCGCCGCAGUCCCCUGGGAGCGCUGCCCGGUGGCUCGGCGAGCCUGCGGCUCUGCACGAGCCCGAACUGCACCAACGGUGACCUGGCCAACGGCUCGGCGGUCCAGCACACCUACAGCGACCUGAACUUCACCUCGCUACGGCGCAACGGGGGCCGCGCGGUCUCGACGGCCCGCAGCCCGAAGAGCUCGCCCUCGCCCCCGCCCCCACCGCCCCCCAGGUAUCCUGCCCAGUACCCGACCCUGCCCAUGAACAACGGCAGCGUCUGCCACCACAAUCGCCAACAACAACAGCAGUCGAAAGAGCAACAGCACCGGGAGCCCGGCAGCGCUGGCACGCUGUCGUCGUCGGCCAGGGAGCAGCGGCGCGACAAGCACCGGGAGUCCGGCAGGCGCAUGGAGCAGCUCUCGGCCUCGUCGCACCAGCAACGCCAGGAGGAGCUCGAGGUGGUGCACCGGGGCAGUCUGGCUCGGCGCGACAUGGCCGGCUACCACGCGUAAAUCAUCCCAUUCGCCUGUUGCGGGUGAACACGAUGAAGAAGAUGAGAGGGGGUGCGCUUUGCAUGGACCUUUUUUUCUUCGCCGUAGCACAAGUAUAAUAUGUUCGAAAGACUAUGGAGCUGUGAGUUGUCGCGGUUGUGGGGGACAGACACAGAGACACGCCGACGGUUGCAGUCGGUUACUUUUGAUUCCGUGCCCGUGAUGUGAAACGAAAAGCAAUUCAGAAAGAUGUGCGUGUAUGUGUGUGUGUGUGUGUGUGUGUGUAUGGAUUAUGGCGAUUAUCGGUGAGCGUGUGUCGGCGAUACCGGGAUUUAAAUAUUUAUUAUAUCGUAUAUCGUUGUGGAAAAAAAAAAAAAAAAAAAAAAAAAAAAAAAAAACUAUACGUGUCGUAUGAUUAAGCUUAUACAGUUGUGCGGCGUAUUUAUUGAACCGACCAGUGUUGUGUCACUUGAGAUGCUUCUUUCUUACGUUUAAUUUAAAUAUUAUCAUUGGCAAUCCGAGCUCCGAUGAUUGUCCGGUAGUGUGUAUAUGUGUAUGUGUAUGAGCGCCGACGAAUCAAUUGAAUCGUUUUCGUUUGUACGGUUCAUUUGUUUUUGUCCUCGCGAAGACGAUUCACUUGGUUGCUAACUUGAUUGUGCGAAAGGUGUGAAUAGAUUUAUUACAAAAUCACAAUUGUAUCUAUAUGUAUAUGAAAAUUUGACUAGUCGCCGGGACAAGAAUCUGCGUACGAGUCGAGCCUCGGAUUGCCAAGAGGGAUUAAUUACAUAAUAGUACAGUGCGAAUGAUCGAGCGAGCGAGUGUAUAGGUAAAUAAUUAUUCGUGUACGUCGUUCAGUACAAAGAAUCGAUAAGCGAUUCUUGCGCAUCUACUACGAGUCUUGUCGAGCGAACGCAAAUAGAACAAAAAAUACGAAAAAAAAAAGAAAAAAAAAGAUAUAAGCAAUCUCGUGUAAUCUAUGAAUGAGGUAAUAGACGACCGGUACGUUGCUAUAGGAUAAAACUCGUGUAAAAUAUGAUAGGCUGUACGGUGCAGAGCAGUACCAAGUUCGAUUUCUAGAAAACGGUCUAUACGUUGAAGCCUCGAUGGAUCCCAUUAUCAUUAAAUUAAACGAGGACUGUGACGGUACAUACGCUGAGGGCGUGGCGUACGACCUUAAUUAAAACGGACGCUAGGAAGCAGGUACAUAUAUUCGAAACGAGGGGAGAAAUGGAAAAAAAAAAAAAACCAUCCACACACACGUACUACUUAUUACGGGCUUCUUUUUCUUCCCAGCGUACCUAUGUAUACAUGGCGAGUAUGCGGCAACGCUACGCCGUACAGACGAGUGUAUAAUUCUCUCCGCCCUUUUUUCCUCCCAACUAUAAAUUUCAGUCCUUCUCAUCGUCUAUCUGCACGUAUGUGUAUACGUGCGUGCGUCUCGUUCGUUGACGUGCGUCUCUCAUUAAGGGAGACAGCCCGCGCGCGCGUGUGUGUGUGUGCGUUGUCCGCGUAUAUAUCUCAGCAGAGGGUCGAAAAAAUACAUACAGCACCGCCACGCAGAAUUAAAGAGAGAAGCCGGGGAGCGGAAAACGAGUUUGCUUUUUCUUAUUGGCUCGCGUGCGCCUCGCGUGUAUUAAGAUGAUUUCAAUCGGGUUUACAGGGUUUCUGUACAUCAUCAACGAGUGCGGUGAGAGCGUUUGAAUUAUUUUUCCACAGAGUUAAACGAUGACAACAACAACAACAACAACAACAAAAAAAAAGGUUACCGAUAGAAAAAGAAAGGGAGAAAUGCAAAAAAAAUGCUCGCCCCUGAUUCCCUUUUCCGUUUCCGUUAACGAAGGCCCCAUAAUCUGCGGCCCCGAUCGGACCCAUGCUCGAGCAAAAGGUCCCUUAAUUGGUCCCCCAAAGAGGACCAAAAAGAAAGACUGUGAAAAGGGUAUCACUGCAUCUACGGGAGAAAGAGCGGAGAUAGACUACCGCGGGCUUCGAUCGCGGAUUAAUUAACUUGACGAACCCGCGCGUGUGUAUAUAUACGCACGUACAAAAUUUGCAAGCAUGGCCAUUUUUUUUUCGCUCAAAGUGUUUGUAAUCUCGAUCGUCAUCUGCGAAACCGGAGCGAUCGCUUUGAAUUUCCGAUGGAAGAUCAAUUUUUUCAAUAAUCCGGACGCACUCGCGCGCACGCGGCCUGAAAUUUUCAUUAUUAAAUUCAGUUCGACUUUCAUUACGUCUCGCUCAAGGGCAAUAUCGGCAUCCUGGCGCGCCCAACUUUCCCAAACCACGUGCACACGCGCGAGGAGAGAGCCAUCGGUCCUUGGGUCGUGGCAAAAAGGAGGACGACGAACCGCUUGCUCGUCGUUUCGAUGAAUUUUUAUGCGAGCGUCCCUCGGGGCUCUCCGCUAACCCUCCGAGUAUAUUAGACCAGUGGGUGGAGAAUCAAAACUGCCGGGAGUAAGGAAAAAAAAAAAAAAAAAAAAAAAAA